AUGUCUUAUAAGCCAGCGGUCCCUGUUCCGGUGGAAGAGCAACCUAUUUUGGAGAAACUCAUCGGAAUUCGUCAGAGGUUAGCUGUUUUAAAGCGGGAUCGUACCCGAUACAUCGAUAAAAAUGAUGUUUUUAACUUAUACAAUCAGUUAGUGGAGCAAUUGGAAUUAAUAGACAAGAGAAGGACAUCAGAUAAAAUCCGUAAUAUUGUGGAUACUCAAUUAGAGGAUUGUCUACAUUUACUGUCGUUGUUUUAUCUGGCAAUUGGUCGGAACAAUGAUCUGCCUGCAUUCUUUGUGCAGCUAGGCACAGUAAGGCGCUUGUUGGAAUAUAGUUUGGAAGGUGCUUGUUAUACUCAAAAUGAUCUGAAGCCUUUAAAGGAGCGGUUGGAAAGAAUACGGACUGCUGUUUUGGAAGGUGCUCAAAGAGAAGACGCUUCUUCUGUUGUAGUAAAAUACCUAAAAAACAAGCUUGAACAAUGUGACAAGAAUUACAGCGAAGCGCAAAGCAACAUUACGAAGAUUGCACCAGAACUUACAACAAUUCAAACUCGGUUGGUGUCUAUUCGUCGCCAAAUUGACGGCUUCGCUGUACGACCAACGACGGAUGGAGAUUUUAUUGAUCAUCUGAUGAAACAAUUAAAGGAGAUUGAAGAAAUGCGAGAUAUCGAUGGCAAUUUCGUUGACGACCAGGGCAGACCACUACAAGGACAAGAAUUAUGCAAUGGGAUUUUGGAAGAAUGCUUCAGCUUUUUGGAAGAUGCAAAAUCCAAGCAAGGAUUGACAGAUGAGAUGAAAAGCAGCCCCAAAUUUCAGCAAAUCUAUAGUCGUCUUGAUGAACUGUUGAGUAAAUUAAAACACCUUACGUUGACACACCGAUGGACGUUAAGAGAAACUGAUUUGUACGUUUACAGAGCAUCGUUGGCAGAAAUAGACUCUAUGCGAAGUGAUGGUCAGUUCCUGGACGAAAAUGGUAAUGCACCUGCUGGCCAACGGAUUUUACUUUACUUAUUAAGACGAUGCUAUGCAUACAUAUACCAAUUGUUAUCUGCCAGUGAACCCGUUUCUGAGGAACUGAUGGCUGUUCACAACCAGUUACGUACUGUGAAGCGUUGCUUACAAGAGGUACAAAGGAGUGGAGGGAUUUACUCAGAAAGAGAUCUAUAUCCUUAUCAGAUGAAACUGGCUUCACUUGAGAAGUUACGGGUGAAUGGAUACUUUUUGGCGUCAGAUAAUUCAGUUCCCGAGGGUCAGGAAUUAGUAAAUUCCUUGUUAACUCAAUGCCAUCAACUUAUUGAAGAAAUCCGUGAUGAAAAACACCAGCAUGACAUUGAAGAGGAUGAAGCGUUUACCAAAACUAGCGAAAGCAGUUAA